AUGAUGUCCCUGAAGACAUUCUUUGUGCUUGCCAUUCUCAUGGCUUCGGCCAUUACUCUAAUUUCCGCCACACCAUCUCAACAAGAAGAAGAAGAAGAAGAAGAAGCAGCAGCAGCAACUUCUCUCCGAGGGACAAGCCGCUUCCUUGCUCAGACGAGUCAGAAAUCAGUCCGGGUGGUGAAGACAUGUGACAAGUACCCUUCGGUUUGCCUUGCCAAGGGCAGCGCGGGGCCUCAUUGCUGCCAGAAGAAAUGCGUUAAUUUGACGGCAGACAGGCUCAACUGUGGGCGGUGUGGGAAAAAAUGUAGCUACUCAAAGAUUUGCUGCCAAGGCAAGUGUGUGAGCCCCAUGUCCAACGAAAUGCAUUGUGGAAGCUGCGGCAACAAGUGCAAGAAAGGGAGCUCGUGUGUGUAUGGGAUGUGCAGCUAUGCGUAA